UUGCAAGCCCCGUAAUCGAUUAGUUAGCUCCAUAGCUCCAGCACUUUGGGAGAGCGCGUCUCGGCGCGUCUCCCCUAAUUUAUGCACUGCCCGACAUCGUCAGAAUGUUGGAUCUGGAAGCGUUGCAUUUGACCAGCUUCCUGACUGCCGCCUCCUCCCGGUAACAUGGCAGAUGAGCCGCCCCCGAGCUCCGCCGGACGGAAGCGCAGCCUCCCGCAAUCAGAAACAGAGGCGUCGCCAUCGACAACGAGCGGUCAUGCCACUAAAAAGCGUCGAUAUGGGGGUCUUGCAACGGCUCCGUCCCCUUCGACACCAAGGGGCUUCCGGGCGAUAACCUCAGCCAUCGGCAACGUCCUUUUUGGUCGAGAACAAACAAAGCAUAGUGCAGCCAAGGCCCAGAUCGAUGCCGACUCACUCUACGACGACAUUCCCAGCUCGGGUGACGACAUCUCGCAAACCAAGGCUGAUCUGCCCAUCAAGUACAAUAAGUUCAGCCGCGAAGUCGUCAAGGAAACCCUCCGCGAUACCCGAACAUCACCGAAAAAGCCCGCCGCCAACGUGCGAAAGUCUGUCCCAAACAUCCAGAAGCCAAAGGCAGCAUCAGACGAUUCAGCUUCAAAGGAAGCCCAGCAGUUGACUCCGACGCGCCGAACGACAAUACAAAAGUCGAUUGCGCGAAAUGGCUCGCGGGAAAAAUUGCCAGUAUCAAGGAGCAAGAAGUCUGCAGAGGAGAGCGGGCACGACGAGAGCUCACAUACUAUCAACGCAGCGCCACCAAGGCCUCCCCAACUCAAGGGUAUCCUGUCGCCGUCGAAGAAACGGGUUGGGACGCCGAGGAAAAGCGUGGCUUUCGACAGCAAUGCCCAGGACACACAAGAAGAGAUUUUCUUCGCGGAUCCGCCGGUCAAGGCCAAGGCCACUCCAAAACACACUGCCUCGACACGGAAACCACGAAUCCCGGCGCCGACUGAGCGUAGCGAGCCAGACCACCCGCCGCCUGAGAGCAUUGUUGAGGGCACGGGAACUGAGAGCGAAGACGACGAAGUGUGCGUACUUUGUUCCAAGCCGGAUUCGGAACCUCCCAACGAGAUCUUGUUCUGUGAGAAUUGCGACCUCGGCUACCACCAGGUGUGCCAUGAUGUUCCCGUCAUCCCGGAAGGCGACUGGAUCUGCAGGAACUGCUCACAGGAGGAUGCAGUCGCAAAAGAUGGACGCCAGGGCCAAGUGUUGGAUAAGGAUACUGUCAAAGCCAGUUCCAUCAUCCCGACAAUUCCUAAUUUCGAGGCCCACCUGCGAAGCAUGCAGCGUAUCCUGAUUGAUCGCUGCAGCGGCGCACGUCGAAUCAAGCUUUGCGAUCAGGAGGAAGCGUAUGACAAAGCGUACCAGCUCAUGGAACAGACUAUCUUGGCGGGCGAGGGCAAUUCGAUGAUGGUCAUCGGGGCUCGGGGCUGUGGCAAGACAACACUUGUCGAAACCAUCAUCUCGGACCUUGCUGCCGAGCACGCAACAGAGUUUCACGUUGUACGCCUCAAUGGUUUCAUCCACACCGACGACAAACUGGCACUCAAGGACAUAUGGCGUCAGCUCGGUAAAGAGAUGAGUCUAGAUGAUGACGAGGUCAAUAAGACAAGCAACUACGCCGACACGAUGGCAUCACUGUUGGCACUCUUGUCUCACCCUGCGGAGAUCACGGAUGCCGAGGAGGGGUUGACUUCCAGAAGUGUCGUGUUCAUCAUAGACGAAUUCGACCUGUUUGCCACACACGCCCGUCAGACGCUGCUUUACAAUCUCUUUGACAUAGCACAGGCCAAGAAGGCGCCCAUUGCGGUUCUUGGUCUGACGACGAGGAUAGACGUUGUAGAAACCCUUGAGAAGCGUGUCAAGAGUCGCUUCAGCCACCGCUAUGUCUACAUGUCACAGCCCAAGACCCUGGCGGCGUUCUGGAAAGUGUGUAGACAAGGUCUGGUCGUAGAUCAUGAAGACCUUGAGAAGGAAGGCUUCGACACGGCCGUGGAAGGCGCCCUUGCCUUCCAAAAAUGGUGGACAGAGAAGAUCGAGGCCUUUGCGAAAACGCCGGGUUUCGAAGAUCACCUGGAAUAUCAAUACUACGCCACCAAAUCGGUCCAGAUCUUCCUGACGUCUUGGAUCUUGCCACUUUCAGAGCUUUCCCCAACGGAUCUAAACAUUGCCCUGCCGUCGUCCAGCACUACUGUCUCUUCGCUAGAUCUCGUAGAGUCCAAACUGCAACUGCUCGCCGGCCUCUCCGAUCUUGAACUAGCGAUGCUCAUAUCGGCUGCCCGCCUAGACAUCGUUGCUCACACAGACACGGUGAAUUUUGCCAUGGCGUACGAUGAAUAUACAUCCCAGAUGGGCAAGCAGCGCGUACAGUCGGCAGGCUCGGCAGCGAUGCUCGCACUUGGGGCGGGAGCCAAAGCAUGGGGCCGCGGGGUGUCAGCAGUCGCGUGGGAGCGCCUGGUCUUGCUGGGCUUGCUCAUCCCUGCAGGCAUUGGGACUAGAAGCAAUGCAGCGCACGCUGGCCUCGAGGGGAAGAUGUGGAAGUUGGACGUGUCGCUGGAGGAAAUCCCGACAGCAGUCGACCUGCCAGCUUACUUGGGGAAAUGGUGUACGCAGAUAUAAUAAUGAGGGGUCCAUUUUCAAGCUGAAGCCUCACCUUUCUUUACCUCGGUCCCAUGUGCGUUUCCUGGUGCUCUUUGAACGGUAAGCAGGAGCCACAAGCUCCUUUUGCUGUAGCCGUGUGCAUUUAGAGAAGCGCCCUCGUCGAACGCGAAACGAGGGCAAACGGACUCGCGGGGUGAUAUCGGCUGGGGGUGGUGCUUAUAUCAAGCGCAAAAGGUUGGAUUCUCGUGGGACAAUGACAUGGACCCUGGAGGAUGGGGGCUGCGUGUGGCUAGACGUCCGCCCUGCAGGAUUAAGUGAGACGGCCCCCAACCUGCCGCAUGGACGACAAGGCUUCGGACAGGCAGGUCCUUAUUCGUCGAGGCU